AUGGAGACCCAGUCAGACGAAGUGAGCGGAGCUACCGGGAACCAAUUGUCGUUCAUGAACCUCCCAACUGAGCUUCAUCUUCAAAUCGCAUCUUACCUUACAUAUCCCGACGCGCUGUCUCUCAAACACACAAAUCGGCACUUCUAUGGCUUCGUCUAUACUGGAGUGAACCUAAAAAUUGAAUGGCUGAUCGAGAGGAGGAGGCUGCAUUUGGACUGUCCGCAUGAUAAGGGGUGUGAGCUGGGGAGUGAUAUGAGAUUCUGUCGAGGAUCCGUCCGGCUGCUAAUGAAGAGAAGGAGGGAGCACGGGGAAUGCGAUACGAGAGAAGGCGGCAGAGGAUGUCUGGUCUUUGGGACGAAGAUUUGCACCUAUCAGAAGAAACCAAUGACGAGGAUGGAAGCAGCCAAGAAAUGGAUGAUGGGCUUCAUGAACAGAAACGCAGCACUCUGGUGGAUUCUGGCAGCAGCAAUCGGAGCAGUACUUGCUUUCAGCUUCAUGUGGAUGAGAGGGUUGGCGAUUGAAGCUUGA